AUGGCGAAGUGGCAGAUACUUCUAAGUGAGUUCGACAUCAUCUAUGUGACUCAGAAAGCAAUCAAGGGGCAAGCAUUGGCUGAUGACCUGGCAGAGAAUCAUUGGCACGAGAAGCUACCAUUUGCUCUGCUUGGAUACUGCACCACAGUUCGAACGUCAACUGGGGCAACUCCCUAUUUAUUGGUCUAUGGUACUAAAGUUGUUAUACCCGCCGAGGUGGAAAUUCCAUCCCUGAGAAUCAUAGAAGAGGCCGAACCUAGCGAAACGGAAUGGGUACAGAGCCGAUACGUUCAAUUGGCUCUCAUUGACGGUAAAAGGAUGAACACUGUGUAUCACGGUCAACUUUACCAGAACAGGAUGACAAGGAGUUUUAACAAGAAGGUUAGACCAAGGAUAUUCAUACCAGGGCAACCGGUUUUGAAGCGGAUCAUUCCACAUCAGGAUGAAGCAAAGGAAAAAUUCUCACCUAACUGGAAAGGUCCUUAUAUGGUUCACCGAAUGCUGACAGGAGGAGCACUCAUACUAGAAGAAAUGUAUGGGGAGAUAUGGCCAAAACCUAUCAAUUCGGAUGCCGUCAAGAGAUAUUAUUUUUGA